CGGUCAGACCGGGAGCUUCAGCCAAGUCAGCAGCCUCGGGCCGCCGGGGGCGACUACCGGCCUCGCGGACGCUGCCCUCCAACGCCGCAGCGCCCCUGGGGUCCUCGGCCUGGGACAGCAGCCGCUCCCGCGCCGGCAGGGAAGGUUCCUUUGUCCUGACCGCGCGGUCAGGUGACAGCGCCGAGCCUACUUAGCGCGAGACGCGGAAGGGCGCGCGCUGGGCGGCGGCGCCGACAUGCGGCCCCAGGCGCUCCCGGGGCUCCGGUGGGCGCUCCCGCUGCGGCUGCCGCUGCUACCGCUGCUGCCGCUGCUGCUGCUGUCGCUCGCGCCCGGCGCCGCCCCCCGCGCGCCGCGCUUCGACCCCACCUGGGAGUCCCUGGACGCCCGCCCGCUGCCGGUCUGGUUCGACCGGGCCAAGUUCGGCAUCUUCAUCCACUGGGGGGUGUUCUCCGUGCCCAGUUUCGGGAGCGAGUGGUUCUGGUGGUAUUGGCAAGAGAAAAAGAUACCGAUGUAUGUGGAAUUUAUGAAAAAUAAUUACCCUCCUAAUUUCAAAUAUGAAGAUUUUGGACCACUAUUUACAGCAAAGUUUUUUAAUGCAAGCCACUGGGCAGAUAUUUUUCAGGCUUCUGGUGCCAAAUACAUUGUCUUAACGUCCAAACAUCAUGAAGGCUUUACCCUUUGGGGCUCCCAGUACUCCUGGAACUGGAACGCUGUUGAUGAGGGGCCGAAGAGGGACCUCGUCAAGGAACUCGAGGUGGCCAUUAGGAAGAGGACUGACCUGCGUUUUGGACUGUACUAUUCCCUUUUUGAGUGGUUUCAUCCACUCUUCCUUAAGGAUGAGUCCAGAUCAUUCCAACAGCAGCAGUUUCCAGUUUCUAAGACGCUGCCGGAACUCUACGAGUUAGUGAACAAGUAUCAGCCGGAGAUCCUGUGGUCAGAUGGUGAUGGCGAUGCUCCUGACCACUACUGGAACAGCACAGGCUUCUUGGCCUGGCUGUAUAACAGAAGCCCAGUUCGGGACACAGUUGUGACCAAUGACCGUUGGGGAUAUGGUACCAUCUGUAAGCAUGGUGGCUAUUAUACCUGCAGUGACCGGUACAACCCAGGACACCUUUUGCCUCAUAAAUGGGAAAAUUGCAUGACAAUAGACAAGUUUUCCUGGGGCUACAGGAGAGAUGCUGGAAUUAAUGACUAUCUUACAAUCAAAGAACUAGUGAAGGAACUUGUAGAAACAGUUUCAUGUGGAGGAAAUCUUUUGAUGAAUAUUGGACCCACACAUGAUGGCACCAUUUCUGUAAUUUUUGAGGAGCGAUUGAGGCAGAUGGGGACCUGGCUAAAAGUCAAUGGAGAAGCCAUUUAUGAAACCCACCCUUGGAGGUCCCAGAGUGAUGAUGUCACCCCAAAUGUGUGGUACACAUCCAAACGUAAACAAAAAUUGGUCUAUGCCAUAUUUCUUGAAUGGCCCACGUCAAGGCAUCUGUUUCUUAGCCAGCCGAUAGCUACUCUGGGAGUAACAAAGAUUAAACUGCUGGGACAUGGACAGCCACUUAACUGGACUUCUUUGAAGCCAAAUGGCCUACUGGUAGAACUACCACAUCUAACCUUGCAUCAGAUGCCCUGUAAAUGGGGCUGGGCUCUAGCAUUAACUAAUGUGAUCUAAUUUGCUGCAGAGAGGUUCAUGC